AUGGAUGCCGACACGAGCUUGCCGGGCUCACCGGUGGGCGGCCCUCUAAGGGCAUUGACGCCAGAUCGCGUCAAUCAGAGGGACUCUAUUAGUUCUGUACACGAUAAGAUCAGCCAGUUUAAUAGCAUGAGCAUUGCGAUGCAGUCUAAACAACUAGAACGCAAGACUGCCGACGCCGCCCUCAAACGAGCUAUGAUCGGGCGAGAGGAGGCUGAGGUUGAAGUCAAACGGUGCAAAGAAGAAGUCAGCGCUUUGAGGAGAGCCGUGGACGAAGGAAAGGAACGCGAACGCCGGGUCGGAGAGCGAUUGGAAACGGUCAUGGAAAACUAUGGCCGCGCGAAGGAAACACAUGCCCACACACAAGCCCUCUGGGAGAAGGAGAUCAGGCGAGCAAGGAAAGAAACGUUCAAGACGCAAUCCUCCUUUGUGAAAAUUCAAGAGGAGCUCAAAGCAGCACGAGGAUCCGUCAAAACUCUAGAGGAGAGCGUAGAACGCGAGAAGGAACGAAGUCGGGUUCGCGAGCAAGAAGCUUUCUCUGCCAGAUAUGAGCUGGUAGGGAUCCAAGAACAGCUCGAGCAGGUUCUGGCGCAAAUGAAGGUAGUCGAACAAGAACGCGAUGCCUUCCGAACAGCGGCCAAGAACGAGGAGAUUGCCCGGAUUGCAGCUGAGGGUCGCAUUCCUCUCCCGCCAUGCAACGACCCGAACGACGAGUUUGCCUCACCACCAAAGAAGACCCAAAAGAAGCGCAAAAUUAGCCGAGUCGAGCCCCGGUAUUCACUGUCGACUAUGGAGAUUGAAUCAUCUGCUGCAUCAGAGCUCGAGAUAGAGGAUCUCACAAUGCAGGUUCAAUGGGAACGGCAGCGGGCUGAUCGUGCCGAAGAGAUGGUGGAGUUCUUGAAAGCUGAGUGUAAGAUGCAUUGCUGCCAAUGCUCCAAAUCAAAAUCAAGGAGCAGCAUCAAGCCUAGACAGGCAUCUGUGCAUGGCACACCUGAAAUCGCCUCGAUCCAGCCGAUCCCUGAAGAACCAGCAGCUGUGCAAGUUGAGAAACCUUCAGAGGAGCCACAAGACCAGGAGCCUGAACCAGAGCAGGUCGAGGCUGAAGCUGUAGACACGGCGCCCGAGUCUCAGCUCGAGUUAGCCACGCCCAAAGCUAAGAAGGGUCCUAGAUUGAGCACAAUUUUUUGCCCAAGGGAGGGCAUCUUUCGAACAGUCUCUGAGCAGGAGGCUGAAGCGAUGCAGGCACAGGAAGCUCAACAAGACGCUGAGAUGGAGACCGAGCCAGUAUCCGCCACUGCUUCAGAUCAUGAUGAGGAGCCACACAUGGUGGAAGAAGAGGAGCCUGAGUCAGAUCCUCGCAUGUACGCACGAACUCCCUCUGUCGAGCCCCCUUCUUUCGCCCUGUUGACCCAGGAACGAGAACGGGCCUCGCUCAUGUCACUCCUCAAUGCUCCUCACAGCGACGCUCACCAUGCUGUUCCAAGUAUCCCUACUGUCACAGACUUGGCCGAUAUCGAGGAGGCCCGUCAUAGCAGCAAUCAAGACGAGACGAGGGUCAUCGAGGAGAGUGAUAAUGUUGUAGAGCCUCUGGAGUCUCCCGAACCCCGACCUCAUACUUCAGCAACCUUGUAUACUUUGACCACAACGACUACUGUCCCUGUCCGCGAUGAGACAGCUCAACGUGAGUCUUCCUCUUCAUUCAAUGAAAAACUUCGAACGCCGUCUAGUGGAAGCCAUGCCAGCUUCGAUUCGACCAACCCUGCUCUUACACCUACCAUGACGAGGGAGCAGGCACUGGCCAAAAUUCGCGAGCGACGAGGCAGGGCAAGAAGUGCAGCACAAGGAGCUGCUACACCACACAAGAAGAUGCUCCAAGGCAAAGACCGCAGGGAUAUGAGCGCCCCUACAGGCAGAGUUGGCAGCAAGUCGAGGGUAUAG